AGAAAUUAUCGAUCACUUGCAAAUUGUAAACAGGAUAAGUAUUCGAAUAAUGUAUAUUUAAAAUAAAUAUUCGGAAAAGGAAAAGAUUAUCUAAUAAUGGAAAGGACCGAACAAUUAAAUAGAUGUUUAUUAAAUAAGGAACAAUACUAUACAGAAGUUAUAGAUUAUAAUAAUUGUAUCUUUGAUGGAAAACAUUUCCAUUUUGAAUAGAUGAUUUUCUAGAACAACGCAAGAGAGUUUGUGAUAUAGCUUUAAAAAAAAUUAAACUUAGGAAUUUUCUAUUUAUUAUUUUCUUAUUGUUGGGAAUAGGAUUACCUAUAUUAAAAGGCUAUAAAUUGUUAGAUAAGCUUUCAGAUGCAAUCCCUUUUAGUUAUAUUAUGGAGUUUAUAGCAGAUACUAUGAGUCAAGUUUUAGAAAAAUAUAUUUAUCUAAUAUCUUUCUGCGUACUUAUUAUUAUAGUAUCAAUCAUACCUAAGAUUCUAAGAAACAAUGAAAAAUAUAACAAAAUAAAAUUGUUGACUGAGUAA